AUGGCCCCUCCAGCGGAGGAAGAGGCUUCCCCGCGGCGUGUGAUCAAGAAACUCUUGAAGAAACAGAAAGAGGGCCACCGCCCAACUAUGGAACUGCCCGAUCGCUUCAAGGACUAUGCCGAUGACGCCGACGAAGAUGUCCUACCUCCCCAUCAAGGUCCUCACAUGUUCAUGAACAUGAACCAGUCCAUCUUCGGCUUGCUCGCAGCUGCCGGCUCCAACGUCGACUUCAACGAUCGUUUCGAGGGCCAGUCCAGCGACGAGGACGACGCCGGUACUCAGGACGGGAGGGGCGCCAGAGGAAAGCAACCAGAGCAGGUUGCAAGGACUACUAUUUUGAAGAAGAGCUCAUCCGGUAGCUCAUCCGGCAAGGAAAAGGUCGAGAAGCAUCGCCGGAGAUUGUCCGGGCAGCUUCUCCGGUCGUUGCCUCAGCUUCCACGCCUUGCGAGUCGGUCGCUGUCGAAACACUCCAAGCUGAGGAACUCCCAGCCCCCUGAAUCGCCUAUAGAAAGUGAAAGCGAAGACCCGAGCUCUACAGCCGUCGACUCACCAUCCUCCACUGUCGACGUUACCAAGACUGAUCGUGAAGGAAGACUCGCGCCAGUCAUGAGUCGCAUGUUGGAGGCAAAAGCUGAGAUGUCCUCAAGGCCGAGCUUCGACCUCGAAAGGCUAUCAGGAGACCACGGAACAAGUGAAGGUGGAGAUGCAGGUCCUAGCGCCCUGGCACGAAAGCUCAAAGAGAUCUUUGAACUCGACCACGCCGAGGAGGUUAUAGAAGAAUAUCCAUGCUGGUUACUGCAGAGUGUCCUCCUUCAGGGAUAUUUGUAUAUUACCUCAAAGCAUAUCUGCUUCUACGCGUACCUGCCGAAGAAAGCUCGGGAGGUUGCAAAGUCCGGGUAUCUAUCCAAGAGCGGCAAGAGGAAUCCUGCGUACAACAGAUACUGGUUCCGUCUCAAGGGAGACGUGCUGGCGUAUUAUCGCGAUGCGUCCAAUCUCUAUUUCCCCCAUGGACAGAUCGACCUGCGUUACGCCAUCUCGGCGAAUGUCACGGACAAGGAUAAGGACGGUGUUCAGUUCUCGGUUGUCACACAUCACCGUACAUACAACUUUCGAGCUGAUAGUGCACCCAGCGCCAAGGAAUGGGUAAAGAGCCUGCAGAGGGUUAUCUUCCGAUCCCAUAACGACGGCGACAGUGUAAAGAUUUCCAUACCGAUCGAGAAUGUGCUGGAUGUCGAAGACAGCCAGAUGAUCGAGUUUGCGGAUACGUGCAAAGUCCGGGUCAUCGACAAUGAUGAGACCUAUGCAAUCGAUGAGUAUUUUUUCUCGUUCUUCAGCUUCGGUAGGGAGGCGAUCAACGUCCUCAAGAUCCUGAUUGAGGAUGCAUCUAACCCACAUCCCAAUGCUACGGACUCAAGCCUACCCGCUGAAGACUCCCCUCGGCAGAGCUCUGUGAGCGUCAGGCGAAAGGAUAGCACCGUCGGUGGUGAGCCCAGGUCGCCGAAGCUUCGCGAAACGGUCAAGGCAACUUUGGCCCCAUUUUCAGCUCACAGUCCUCGCGAGCCGAAUCCUGGCCUUAGUGGUGAUUUGACUCGCAGUAGCUUUGAUGCCAACCGACAGUUUGGGAGAAGGAGUCUGGACCAGGACCAGCUGACGCGCGAUACAUCACCGCGACGAAGCUUUAGUGCGAGCCGAUCGAUGGGCAAGAACCGCAAUCGUAACAGCUCUGCACCAACCGAUCCACAAGAAUCAUCUGACUCUUACGUCCAUUCCCUUGAGGAUCCCAGUAUGUCUGGCUUGGUGGCGUCGUCCAACGAAGACCCGUCUGGUAGUCAGAUUCUCAGGGGUAGUGACGUAUUUCACCGACCGACUCUACGUCGCUCGCUCUCGACUUCACAUUCUUCUGGUCAAGGCAGGCCGUCUGGCAAGGUUCCAGCACGUGAGCGUGAAAGGCACGAAGCCCUGCCUGCUGUGAAACCACGUCAUGCUGUAACGACUGGGCACAUGAGGGAGCCUGGUGCUGCGACGGAGGACCCUGCAGCUACGCCGACUCUUCAGAACCUGGCGAAGAUGGGCGCAUAUCCGUUGCAGCGAGCUGGGUUCUUUGCCAACUAUCUCAACCAGACUAGUCGUCGGAUGAGCAACCUCUUAGCAACAGAGUCAAUGGGGUACGUUGAGAAGGUGUCGGGCAUGUGGAAGGGAGGUCGCAAGCAUUAUAACGGUGCUCCUGGCCUCAGGAAUGAAGACGAACUGGGCGAUGACGAGGACGAUGCCGACGGUAAACUAGCGACUACUAUGGACCGCUUCCGCGCGCAUUUUGCGUUGCCGGAGACGGAGAAACUUCAGGCAACGUACUUUGGCUUCUUAAUCCGAGUCUUGCCGCUCUAUGGCAAGAUUUAUAUUAGCGAUCGGAACUUUUGCUUCCGUAGUUUGCUGCCGGGCACUCGUACAAAGUUGAUUCUGCCCCUGAAGGACAUCGAAACCGCGGACAAGGAGAAGGGCUUCCGGUUCGGCUACUCUGGCUUGGUUAUCGUCAUUCGUGGCCACGAGGAGCUCUUCUUUGAGUUCAAUCAGGCGGACGUGAGAGACGACUGCGCCGUUACUAUACUCCAGAGUCUCGAAACCACACGCUACAUGCAAGAAGCUGGCCUGUUGGAAAUUGAGGAGGAGCAGGAGGACGUGGAUGAUGCCAUCGCGGAACGAGACGCGCUCAACCAAGCUCGGCUGCGCGAGGCCCCUGAACAUGAACUCAAGAUGCCCCGUGAGGCUACUGGCCUUAGCGGAUCCUCGCCCACGAUUCUCUUUGACGAUCCAAAAGCAUCCUUCCUCAACUUCAAACCCUCAGAGUCUAUGAAGGUAACCUGCUUAACCAUCGGCUCGAGAGGUGAUGUUCAGCCCUACAUCGCACUCUGCAAAGGCCUACAGGCCGAGGGCCACAGGCCUCGGAUAGCUACGCAUGCCGAGUUCAAGACCUGGGUCGAAGGGCAUGGCAUCGAGUUUGCUCCGGUGGAGGGCGACCCUAGCGAACUUAUGCGCAUCUGCAUCCAGAAUGGCACAUUCACAUGGGCGUUCCUGAGAGAGGCAAACUCCAAGUUCCGAGGUUGGCUGGACGAGCUGCUGGCGUCUGCUUACACAGCGUGCCAGGGAUCUGACCUCCUAAUCGAGAGCCCAAGCGCCAUGGCUGGCAUUCACAUCGCCGAGGCACUAUCCAUCCCCUAUUUCCGAGCUUUCACCAUGCCGUGGACCCGUACGCGCGCCUACCCUCAUGCGUUCGUCAUGCCCGAACACAAGAUGGGCGGCGCCUACAACUACGUUACUUAUGUCAUGUUUGACAACGUGUUCUGGAAGGCUACUGCGCACCAGGUCAAUCGCUGGCGGAACAAGGUGCUUGGUCUGCCCAACACCAAUCUGGAAAAGAUGCAGCCGAACAAGGUUCCUUUCCUCUACAACUUUUCCCCUGCCGUCGUCGCCCCGCCGUUGGACUAUAGCGAUUGGAUCCGUGUGACCGGGUACUGGUUCUUGGACGAGGGAACCAAGUGGACUCCACCGGAUGAUCUCAGGCACUUCAUCGAAACGGCUCGCAAGGACGACAAGAAGCUGGUGUACGUCGGCUUCGGUUCCAUCAUCGUACCCGACCCGGCCAAGAUGACGCAGGAAGUCAUCGACGGCGUCCUCAAGGCGGGUGUUCGAUGUAUCCUGUCUAAAGGCUGGUCUGAUCGCCUUGGCGACAAGGAGGCCGCAAUGCCGGAACAGACCCUGCCGCCCGAGAUAUUCCAGAUCAAGAGCGCCCCUCAUGACUGGUUGUUUGCCCAGAUAGACGCAGCUGCUCACCACGGCGGCUCUGGCACAACCGGGGCCAGCCUUCGCGCGGGAAUCCCCACGAUUAUCCGGCCCUUCUUUGGCGAUCAGUUCUUCUUUGGCAGUAGGCUGGAAGACCUGGGUGUCGGCAUCUGCUUGAAGAAAUGGGGCGCCAACAGCUUCGCCAAGGCACUCUGGGAGGCCACACAUAGCGACAGGAUGAUCGUGAAAGCCAGGGUACUGGGAGAGACUAUACGAAAGGAAAACGGCGUGGAUAACGCAAUUCAGUCGAUUUAUCGAGAUCUUGAAUACGCCACGAGUCUGGUCAAGUCGAAGGCCGGUAAGAACGCGAUUACGGCUGGCAAGUCCGAUGGCUCUGCAGCUGAUGACGAAUCGGAAGAGGAGAGUUGGACGUUUGUGGGUGGUGACGAAGUCGACCCAGAGCUUGUUGUUAAGAAGAGUGCGCUCUCGGAGAUGGAGGCCAGACUGACCGGAAGCACAGUGCUUGGACCCAGACUACGGGCUGGUGGUAGUAGUGGUGUCAAGACGGCGGCUGCAGAAUCCUAG